AUGUGGAAAUCAAUAGUGCUUUUUAUAGUUCAAUUUACUCUCUGCCAAUCUAUCCGAGUGCCCAUAGACUGGAACGAUGAAAGUGAAGUGAAUAAUCAACAGUUUGUGGACGCGCAAAAUUCAGAUACUCGUACAUCUGAAAAACCGAUAUAUAAUGAAUACUUUCAAUAUACAGCGAAAAAACCACAGUUCGCCAUUGACAUUGCCGCCACCCAUGGUGUACAGUCACCAGAAAAAUAUUUUAAAUCACAUCCAGUUAAACCUCACACUGAAUUAAAAAAACCAGAACUAGGACAUCAUCAUUUAUUAAAUUCUGACCAAGAAACAUAUCAACCUUAUCAACAGUUUGUUCAGAAUACUGGAUUGAGUUAUGCUAAGCCUGUAUCGACAUCUUAUGAAGUUUAUCAUCCGUACAAAGCAGAGGAACCCGCUUUGCAACAAAUAUAUAAAGACCCUAUCUUAAAUAAAAUAAGAAAUGAUUUGCGUGACAGCAAAAAUAGGUUACAAAAAUAUGAAAAUGAAGCGGGAAAAUCAGAUGUAACGAAAGAUGAAUAUUUAGAGAGCCCAGAGCAAACAGAUCGUAAAAAAUAUCCUCAAAAAAACGUGCCAACACAAUUUGAAAUUCACAGACCUCAACGUCGCCCUGUGUAUUACCGUGUUCCGCCAAGAUCAAAUCACAAAGAACAAAUUUUGAACCACAGAUUGAGACACCCAUGGAAUCAAAAUAUAAAGGUUACUCCUAUGCAUUAUCGCCCAGUGAAAAAUCAUUUAUAUAAUUUAAGGCAUCACCAUGCCCUUAAAUUUGAUGACGAUCGCAAUGAGUAUCCUCAAUUAUCUCCACCAGAAAAUUACGCUGAACAACCCGAUGGUUAUGACAUAUACGAAAAAGGAAAGGCUAAAUAUGUUCAAUUGAGAAAUAAUUUAGAUGAAUCAUUAAAUAAAAUUGCACAAAAAAAUAGGCCAAAUACUGAGGGUAGUCUAGAACUCCAAAAUGAAGGUUCCGAUGACGCCAGUGAUAAUGAAAAUGAAGAAAUAUUUGUACCUAUUAAGAACUAUGCUCAAGUACGAAAAUACGAAACAACUAAACAUCUUCCUAAGAUAGCAGCUUUGCAUGACGCUGAAAACUUUGAAGAAAUUCAGAACGCACCCCGCCUUCGGGAAGCUAUUAAAAGUACUAAAGCACAAAUAGUUUAUUCUGAGGAAGGUUACGAAGAUGCAGCAUAUGAUCAUGCUGGUGAACAAAAGCAUGCAUCUGAUCACGAAGGACAUGGUGGUUACCUGAAAGAAAAGGAAGUGAGUGGAGGUAAAUAUAAAACUCCAUCAGCUAGUAGUAAUUAUGAAGAUGCUAAGGGUUCUGCUUACAGAGAUCAAACAUUGCACGGAGAAAAAUGGAAUGACAGUAAACAAGAAAAUGAGGAAGAAGAUGAAACAAAUGACUACACUGAAAGUGAAGCUGAAUACACCCUAGAUGCCGAUGCUAUAACUGAGGCAAAUUUUAAUAAUGAUACCGAAAGAAACAAACGCAAUAGUAAACUAUCUGAAACGGAAGGUAACAUAAAUUCUAAAAAUGAUAAUUCUUAUAUUGUAAAAAAAAAACGGCAAGGGAAACCAAAUACACACUUUAAUAACUUUACGUUGCAUGAUGUAGCAAAGCGAGAAACUUCAUUUGAAGUUCCAAAGUUUGAUUUCAAUUCAACUUUGCCAUCGAAAGAAGAAAUAUUAAAACUCUCAAAAACAAAGAAUAAAACCCAAAAAUUAAAAAUACAAAACAGCAAUCAAAACAUAAAAUAUCCAUAUUAUUCAAGAAAAAAUAAUACUAUCAAUAAAAAUUCUCCACUUCGAUAUGCAGAAAAUUUUUCACUGAGACCAAAAAAAUCUAAUGGAGGUACUGAAUUUUACGAUUCACGUUCUAAAUUUGAAUGUCCUGAAGUAGAAGAUGAUAUAGAUCCUGUACCAGAGAAAUUAAAAAAAGAUGAACGCUCAGAUGAUAGUGAAGAAAAUACUGAUAACACAGAUAAAAAUGAUGAAUUUAAACAUUUUCAAAACAAGCAACGUCUACAAGGUCUGGGCAAUAAAAUUGAUUGUUUCAAAGUAAAAUAUUUUGGUGAAAAUCCCCUUGAUAAUCCAUUUUUUAAGGAAGAAAUUAUUGAAAGUCCAGAACCUAUCACGAAACCGAAUGUAAAAGUUCUUGAGGCCUAUACAUUACACAAUAAUGAUCGUGAUAAACGUUUAAAUUAUGACAAUAAUAUGUCUUUAGUACUGGAGAAUAAGAAAAAUGAGAAAAAUCCUUUGCCAACUACUCGUUCAGAUCUUUCUGAUAAUAAAUUAGGUAAAAUUAAUGUUAAUCAACAAAACGUAAGUAAAAUAGAUGAGACGACCAGCAAAACUUACAGGCACUUUAAAAAUCAAGAAGAUAUUACAAAGUCUCCCCAUGUUAUGAGACGAAAAAGAGCAGCACCAUUUAUGUACGAACCCUAUAAAAUUAUCAGGGAUAGUCAAGUUCAAGAUUCUAGAAAGACUACCACUACAAGUAAUAUUAGUCCUUUGAUUAAACAACUUCAAUCAAGCAGAGUUAUCGAUAAAGUUACAGCAGAUAAAGAGCAAUCUAUUAAAAGAAGUACAAAAAUGUAUAAGGAUAUUGGAAAAAUUGACAGAAUCAAAAAGUCCGAUGAUGAUAGCAAUAACUCUAAUAAUCAAAGCUUCGUAGAUGUAAGUUCAGAUCAAAGACGUGGUGAGCCUCGAUAUGAAUUACGAUCGACAAAUCAUAAAUCUACUUAUAUACCUGUAGAAAAUAAACGACAUAUUUCUUCUUUUGAUUAUACAGUGCAAUCAGGAAAUAAUACUAAUACCAAAAAUAAGUCAAAGUUUAAAGAAUUUAAGCAAUCUCAUCUUAAGCGAUCUAAAUUUCCGCAAUCAACUGUAAAACCUUUUUUCGAUGUUUCCAAAUAUUUACCUCAAACUAUUGAAACACAAAAUAUUGCUGCGUCUACAGCUGUCGGGAAAGUUAUUCGAUCAACUACUUUAGAACCCAUAAUAGAAAAAAAAGAAAAACAAGAAUCUAAUGAGAGCACUAAAAAAGAAAAAGAAAAUCCCAAUAAAGAUGAUAACAACGAUGACGACGACGAUGAUGAUGAUGACGACGACGAUGAUGACGAUGAUGAUGAUGACGAUGAUGACGACGAUGAUGACGACGAUGAUGAUGGCGAUAAUAAUGAAGAAGAUGGUAAUAAUGAUGAUCAUAAAGACGAUGGUAAUAAUAAUGAUCAUAAAGACGAUGGUAAUAAUGACGAUCAUAAAGAUAAAAUUAUAGCAACAACAUCGACAACGACGUCAACCACACAAAAACCAGCUUUAAGAAAAAGAACUAGAGGUACUACAACCACUGUAAAACCAAUUUUAAAUGAAAACAUUACUCAGCCACCUAAAUUACGUAUUUCUACUCGUUUUCGUAACUCUCAACCUAGUGGAAAAAUUCAUUUACAUCAAGAAGUUCAUGAAAAACCAACUGAAGAAAAUUCUUCGAAAUAUACGGAAAAGAAAAGAAAAUCAACAAAAAGCACUUUAGUUACUGACUCAAAAAUGUAUGGAGAAGACGAUGACGAUAUGAUGAGAAAAGAGGUCGACGCUUUAAUUGGUGUAAAACACAAUAUGGAUGAAUAUACACCAAUGUAUGAAAAAGAAAAUAAUCAACAUGAUAAAAAUAAAAACAAAGAAAAUAUUAAUAGUGAUGAAGAUGAUGACGACGAUGAUGAUGAUGAUGAUGAGGACGACGACGACGACGACGAUGAUGAUGAUGACGAUGAUGAUGACGAUGAUAAUCAUAAAGAUGAUAAUGAUCAUGAUAAAAAUAGCGAUGAUGAUAAUCAUCGUGACAAAGAUAAUGAUAACCAUGAUAACAACGGCGAGAAAAACGAUCAUGAAAAGAAUGAUAAAAACAAAUCAAACCUUCCGAUUCAGGUUACAACUUCAGAGCCAACUAAAAGAACUCUAGCAAAGACAACAAUUGCCCCUGCUACUACUACGGUAUCACAUAAUACUAGAAGUGAAUUGCAACCUGUUACAUUAAAAAGAAAAAUUGAAAUACAUAACGAACUACCAUCUAACAAAUCCUCUCCAAAUUUUACCCAAUUUAAACAGGAUAUAAAGGAAAUAGAGAUUAUUAAAAAGAUGCCAUCAAAAUCCAGAAAGAAACCUAAUAAGAACACAGAAACGUUAGAUUUAUUCAAGGAUGAAAAUUUAAUUGAAGAUAUUAAUAAUUUAGGCAGCGUAGAAAUAUUUAAAGAAAACUUAAAACUUAAUUCUGGACCUAAACACGGAGGUAAUUAUAGAAGUAUUACUCCAGAAGAACUUGCAAAAGAAAAUCUUACAAAAUCACGAGAGCUUAGUAAAGGAGACGUAGAGACUUCUCAAACUGAAACGAGGAAAUCAAUAGAAUUAGAUGCAGUACAAAAUGAUGAUACUAAAAAUGUUAGAUUUACAAAAUUAAAGGACGUAGAAACCAUCCCUAAGUCGAUUCAUCGUGGAAAUUUGAAAUCUUCUAGAAACAAGCGAUUAAGACAAAACGAGAGAAAUGGCAAAUAUAUUGAACUAGAUGAAGACCAUGACAACGAAUCUACAAAGAUGCACGGCGGAAAUUUUAAAUCACAUGAAACAAGGAAUACGGGCCGACAAAUGCAUGGUGGCAAUUAUAGAAGUGCAAAAAUCGUUCAAAAAGAUGAAAUCCAAGACAGACGUAUUAGAAGCAGAGGUAGAUCCAGAGACCCUCGAACAAACGCAGCAGUUAUUUUGGAUAGUUUUGCUCGAGCUGGUCCUGUCUUAACCACUCCCCCAACUUUUAUACUAGAUCCCAGCAAACGCAUGUAUUAUUAUGUAGAUGCC